UCCAGACGAGAGAAUCCCUAAAAAGGCCCUUAUAAAAACGUUAUUCCCAGGAAAUUGAAGACAAAAAAAAAAAAGAAAGCUUAGAGUUUAACUUCAAAAAAUGGGCGGCAGAAGCACUUCCAUUUGGGAGAGACUGCCACGGCCCUCAUUCGCUCUCGAUCCCCGACCUCGGCUUCACUCUCUCUAAUUUUCCCGAGCAAUUCUCCGAGUUGAGGCUGAUUUGAAAGUUAAUGUGUUAUAGUUUUAUCUCAAAUGGGAGACUUAUGAUGCACCUUCAAUAAAAUUUCUAAUGUUGGAGAACUGGGGAAUAGCAAUAGUAACGUCUCUAUUUAUAAAUUAUAUCAAGACAUUCCGACUUUAGAAUCCUCUUUGAGUGGCAUUUUGGACAAUUAAAAAACAAAAAAUCCAAACUCUUUUCGCUUCUCUUUUCCCAAUCUGAAGCCCCUCUUCUCAUACACCCCUGCGUCGAAAUCCCAAAAUCAUUGGAGUCUAAGAGAUCCGACUACUCACCAACCAUCGCUAGCGAGCUAGACAAACAAACCCCUUGGAGCCCACACCCCACCUCAGAGACCUUGAUAAACACUGCAGGUAAGGUGGAAUCUAUUCAUGUCUUUACUGGGCACUGCUGGAGAACUCUACCACUGGCGAUUGUCUAAUUCAUUCCUCACCGGCGAAAUCCACCACUAAGAAGCCCUAAUCCAUCUCUUACUGAUGAACUCCAACAUGGACAAGCCCUAACUGGCCUCAAGAGGUGGCCACCUUCAGUGGACUCCAUAAUCUGCCACUACUGGAGGCGUUGGGAAGUCCUUCAGAUCCUCUACCUCUACCUUAACUGGAUAAAAACAAAUAGUGGGCAAUUAUGUAUAGUGGAGCGGAGCCACGUUCCCUUAUAGGAUUCUUGGAGUGGUUAGCCUCCAUUUAAGGGCUGAUGAUGACAUAUGCAGAACCUUUGAGUCCAGAAGUUGAUGCGAUACCAGUCAACAUUGCUCCCAGAAGACCCCGGAUUCUACUUGCUGCUAGUGGGAGUGUAGCUGCUAUGAAGUUUGGGAAUCUCGUCCAUUCUUUUUGUGAAUGGGCAGAAGUAAGAGCAGUUGUCACAAAGGCUUCUUUACACUUCAUUGAUAGAGCAGCACUGCCUAAGGAUUUAUAUCUUUACACUGAUGAUGAUGAAUGGUCCAGUUGGACAAAAUUAGGAGACAGUGUGCUUCACAUUGAGCUCCGUAGGUGGGCUGAUGUCAUGGUAAUCGCCCCAUUAUCAGCAAAUACACUUGGCAAGAUUGCCGGGGGACUGUGUGACAACCUGCUGACAUGCAUUGUGCGAGCGUGGGACUACAGCAAGCCAAUGUUUGUUGCGCCAGCUAUGAACACCUUCAUGUGGACCAAUCCUUUCACAGAACGCCAUCUUAUGACAAUUGAUGAACUUGGAAUUUCUCUUAUUCCACCUGUCACUAAAAGGCUGGCUUGCGGAGAUUAUGGGACUGGUGCAAUGGCUGAACCUUUUCUCAUCCACUCAACCGUAAGACUCUUCUUGGAGACACGGGCUCAAUCAAGUAGCAGUAAUGUGCAGUAAUUGGGUAUGGUUAAUCUGUCUGUUGGAGAAGUCACCAGAGAGUUGGCUGAAAUGGCAUGUUGGAAAUGCUAAACGUAGUUCACUUGGACUGCAUUGAUUUUGUUAUGACCGUCCAUUAAACUUACUACGUCUUGUAGAUUGUUGGUAUCGGUGGAUUUGCAUAUCCUGUUUCUCAAUAUUUCUAGUAGCGCCUUUUGAAUGUUAUGUGCCUUGUGUAUUAAUGGUGAGGGAGAAUGUAUCAGUCUCCUAAAUUUCUCAAUCUCUGUGUAGACAUGCUUGAUGAUACAUUCCUAUAAAUAGACUCUGAUUUCUGGAAA